UAGUUGAUAAUUAAUUUUCUUUCAAUCAACUAACUGAUUAAUUGAGGAAUGGCAUCAUUUUACAAAAUUUGGACCAAAUAUGACAUAAUCCCUGUUGUUUCCUAGCCUUGCAAAAACCAGAUUAAAUCUUGCAAGUUAAAAUGUUUUUCUAAAGAAGUUAAGUCUGAACAAGACUAAGAGUUUACUGCCAUGCUAACAGCUCUUGCAAGUUGUAAUGCUCAUUGUAAAGAAAAACAGUUGGUCUAAUUGAAAUUUUGACCUGUUGAUGGCGGUAGAUAAAAAGUCAGGAUCACCAAAAUUCACAAAGACCAUGAAUGUCUGCAACAAAAUGCAUAGUAAUCAAUGACACAAAUGUCAACCUGCUCAUGGUGCUGGAGGUAAAGUCACCAAAGUCACUAGGAAUUUACAGUAUCCUCUGGGCACCAUAGAUACUGUAUCUGUGCUAAUGUUGAUGCCAAUCCAUCUAAUAGUUGUUUCCUAUUUCCCCCCAAUAAAACAGAAAUGUCAACCUCACAGUGGCCCUAGAGUCAAAGUCAGAGGAUCAUCAAAGUUAGUCAUCCUCUGUGGACCAUGAACAUACACAUAUUCAUGACAAUCCAUCUGUCAAGGACCAAACAGUAUGGCUCAAGAGCACCAGGUGUGUGAAACAAUUUCAAAACUAGGGUCCUUUAACUCAAACUGAGAUCAAUUAAAUAAACAGCAAACUAACCUAAACUGAACAUAACUGACCCACUAAAUGACACAAAGGGAGGGUAUAUACACACAGGCUAGCCUAUGCAGACAUAGAAGGGGGGCAGGAAUAAACAAUUAACUCUAUAUCACAAAUUAAUCUUUAAUAUCAACAAAGAUUUAAAUCAAAAAAUAUUUAGAACCAAACUAACUGUCCAACCCAAGAAAAACAACAAAACUUAAAACCCCAAAUAAUUUAAGUUGCCUGGAUCCUGAGAGGCAGACUCCCCUCUGGCAAACCCAGUUGGCCUCUUCCACUUCUUACUUGUCACAGUAUAAGAGGCCAUCUUUACUGGUGCCACUUCUUUUGGCCAGGGGAGGACUUGCCUGAUCCAUGAAAAACAAAGAUCAUUGAUGAGGAUGACACACAGUUCAUGACCAACUGUCCCCCUGCAGUGACGGAGAGUACACCUCGUAGACGCACCAGGAUACAAGUGUUCUGGACAGCACCGCCUACUGGGUCCGGCUGUGUUAUACUGAAGGCGAGCAUUGUCCAGAAGAGAAUCAUCUAUUUCCAGGAUGAAGGAUCUCUCACCAUUCGGCUGUGUGAGAAAGAGCGUGUGUUUGGUGAGGCUACAGAAGCUCCUGCCAUUGAGUGCUGCGCCUGUGGAACAGCCAAGUAUAGACUCACUUUCUACGGCAACUGGUCGGAGAAAGUGCAUCCCAAAGAUUACCCCAGACGAGCCAACCACUGGUCUGCUCUGAUUGGUGCGUCCCACUCCAGAGGCUACGUGUUGUGGGAGUACGGAGGCUAUGCCAGCGAGGGAGUCCGUCAGGUCGCUGAGCUCGGCUCCCCCAUCAAGAUGGAAGGAGAGAUUCGACAGAAGGGAGAUGAAGUACUGACUGUCAUUAAAACUAAGGCUCAGUGGCCGGCGUGGCAGCCGCUCAACCUACGAGCAGCUCCAUCAGCAGAGUUUUCGGUGGACCGGACCCGUCACCUGAUGUCCUUCCUCACCAUGCUGGGGCCCAGUCCGGACUGGAACGUAGGACUGUCUGGAGAGGACCUCUGUACCAAGGACUGUGGCUGGGUCCAGAAGCUGGUGACAGACCUUAUUCCCUGGGAUGCAGGCACUGAUGGUGGUGUUACAUAUGAGUCGCCAAACAAGCCCACCAUUCCUCAAGAGAAGAUACGACCCCUGACUAGUUUGGAUCAUCCCCAGAGCCCCUUCUACGACCCUGAGGGAGGGGCAAUUACCUCUGUGGCCAGGGUGGUGGUGGAACGCAUUGCUAGGAAGGGAGAACAAUGUAAUGUGGUACCAGACAGCAUAGAUGACAUCGUAGCUGAUAUUGGACAGGAGGAGAAGGAGGAAGACGACACACCGGAGACGUGUAUCUACUCAGGCUGGUCUCCCUGGUCGGCAUGCAGCAGCGCCACCUGUGAAAAAGGCCGCAGGAUGAGGCAGAGGAUGCUUAAAGCCCAGCUGGACCUCAGCGUGCCGUGUCCCCACACUCAAGAUUUCCAGCCCUGCAUGGGCCCGGGAUGCAGUGUUGAGGAGCCGUCAACGUGUAUGAUGUCGGAGUGGAUCAGCUGGUCGGCCUGCAGUGUGUCCUGUGGGAUGGGGAUGAGGUCCAGAGAGCGUUAUGUCAAACAGUAUCCUGAGGAUGGCUCACUGUGCCAGCUCCACACUGAGGAGACAGAGAAGUGUGUCGUCAACGACGAAUGCUCACCCAGCAGCUGUGUGGUGACUGAGUGGGCAGAGUGGGAUCCUUGCAGCGUCACCUGCGGGUUGGGCAUGAGAAGACGUGAGCGCAUGAUGAAGAUGCCUCCUGUAGAUGGAUCAAUGUGUAAGACGGAGGUGGAGGAAGUGGAGAAAUGCAUGAUGCCAGAAUGCCAUACCAUCCCGUGCAUGCUGUCACCCUGGUCGGAUUGGAGUGAGUGUAGCGUGACGUGCGGGCGGGGCAUUCGAACACGUCAGAGGAUGCUGAAGUCAGAUCCUGCAGAGUGUACUGAGGAGCUGGAGCAGACAGAGAAGUGUAUGCUGCCUGAGUGUCCCAUCGACUGCAUGGUGUCCGAGUGGUCGGAGUGGUCAGAGUGCAACAAGUCCUGCGGUAAAGGACACACCAUCCGAACCCGCAUGGUCAAACUGGAGCCGCAGUUUGGGGGCAGUGCUUGUCCCGAGACCAUCCAGAGGAAGAAAUGCAAGAUUAGGAAGUGCCGGACGAAACAAAAGGAGAUAGUAGGAGGAGGAGGAGGGGGAGGUGGAGGCAAGAGGAGAAGAAGGGGCAAACAGGGAAGAGAUGCAGCAGUGGAAGAACAGGCAGGUUGCAAGAUGCAGCCGUGGACCAGCUGGAUGGACUGUACCAAACCAUGCGGAGGGGGGAUCCAGGAGCGUUUCAUGUUGGUGAAGAAAAGAGCUAAGGGCUCACUGGCCAGCUGUAAGGACCGGAAGGAGAUCCGUGCCUGUAAUGUUCAUCCCUGCUAGGGAGCACUACUGAGCUACAGAGGAGAGGAGGGGAGCAGCGUGUAAUCUGGGUUUAUUUGAUAAAGAUGAGGAGGGGGAUUCACUUUUUUUGUGUACAGGGAUGUUGAGGGUUGGAUGAUGGGAUAGUUUGUCAUGGAGAAAAAGGGAGCUGGAUGAAUAGAGAAGGAGGAAAGAAGGAAGACUUAAGAGAGGGAAUAGAGGAGAAGAUGAUGUGUUUUUAGUGAAGCCAUUGUAGACACUUAGCUGACAAGGCUGACUUUUUCUUUAGACCACUAUGGAAGUAUUAGAGAGUGAUGUCUGUGUCCUGCAAAAAAAUGUUCUCUUCAAGAAUUAGAGAAAAAACAAUUGUAGUACAGUAGCUUUCCCAUCAACAUAUCAUUACCUUGUGUGUACUUUUAGUAUUUUGGCCCAUGGGGCUUGAAAAAGGGUUGAGUACUGGAAAUUUGGAAUCCAGUAUUAACCAGGAAUUUUCAAUGACAUCUGCUCCAUUUUCUAGGAAAAACACCAGCAGGAACCCUGGAUUUUUGGCAUGUCAAAAAAGACGCCCUCCUAAGAACGUCAUUAAUGCUACCAUGCAACUGUCUUAGCUGUAGUCCGACCCUGAAAUAUAAGCGAUAAUAUAAGUGGAUUAGCUGUAGCAGUUACUUUCAACUAUUUCCAUGUUAAAAUGUCAAAAUAUUUUUAGAGUAAGUGUUAAGUGGCAUGCAAAAUCUGUGAAUGAAAUCUUAAAGGAGUAGUUUGACAUUUUGAGAUACACAUAUGUCCUAUUUUACCAUAAAUAUGAAUCUGCAGCUAGCAGCCAGUUAGCUUAGCAUAGCAUAAAGAGUGGAAACAGGGAAACAGCUAGCUGGGCUUUGUCCAAAGGUAACAAAUCAACCUACCAGCACCUCUAAAGCACACUAAUUAUAUCUCAUUUGUUUAAUCUCUACAAAAGGCCUCCUGUUUCAAGUCAUUUUGCUAAGCUAAGCUAACCACCUGCUGGCUGUAGCUUAAUUUUAAGCACACAAACAUUAGAAUGUCAUCAAUCUUUUCAUCUAACUUUUAGUAAGAAAGUGAAUAUGCGUGUUUUCUAAAAAGUCAAACUAUACCUUUAAGAGGGUGUGCUGAAAAACAGAAGUACAGAAGAUUCAGUUUGUUGGCAUGUGCAUUUUUUUCCACCAAAGAUCCUACAACAUAAGCUGAAUAAUAACAUCAGAAAAUGUGAAUAAAGAGCAUUUAGGAUUAAUUAUUGGGUGUUUGAAACCAAACUUCAUUUAUGGGGAGAAAUCCCAGGAAUCCUGAGAAAAGAGUGAUAUAUUUCCCUCUAAAUCAUAUUUUUAAAGUCACAAGAAAACCUUUGAAUGACUUAUUGUAAGCUGUCAACUGUUACUCACAUGAGAAAAAAAAAUCAUGAACAGCCUAAACUGAAGAUGUAAGAUUUCUUUUUUUUUUUUUUUGCAAGACAUAGAUGCUAACACAGGAAGUCUGUCAAGACUCAUGGAUGUACUGUAUAUCUACUAUCUAACCAACACUUAUAAAUGACACUACUAUGUAAUUACUAAAAACCACUUUCCCUAAUAAACAGAUACAUUUAAAUGGAGAUGUUUUAUACUGUUAAAAUUAGUCUUUAUAUACUGUACUGCUGUUUAUCUGUUGUUUCAGCUGAUGUAGCAUUAAGCCUGCGAUAGCUCUCACUCUGUCAGAAGACUUUAUUUUAGCAUGUGCAAAGAUGAUUAUUUUUGGUUGGACAUUAUGCUUUAUCAGCUGUAGUUAUUGUCUAAAAACAGAUAGCUAAAUGACUGUAUCUGCCUUUGUUGGUUCCCUAAAAACACAGAUGGAGCCUUAGAAGUGUCACGUCUUACACAUGUGCUGUGCUGCACUGUCACAGUGUUGUGGAUGCAAAAGAGAUGGUUUGGAAAACAUUCCUUACAAACUGCAGGACAGCUCAACUGACUGUUACUGGGGCCUUGGUUACAACACACUUUAUUCCCAUGUUUGUUUGUUUUUCAUUAUUGUGCAUUCCAAUGUGUUGCCAUGAUAAAAAUGAUCUGUAAAACCUUUUUGGAUUAUUACUUAGCAGAUUAUGUUGCUGUUUUUUUGUCACCACCAAAGUUCUAUUUUUGUUUCUCUGACUUUCUUGGCCUCACUUUUUUUUGUUUUCAGGCCUCUUUCUUUGCCUCUAUAACGUGACUGUUUUGUAAGAAACCACCUUUACAAUAAAAAAAAAUGUAAAUGUUAAAAUCA